GAAACUAAUGAUAUAUUUGAAUGCAGGAACCCACCAUGUGUCAUGCAUUAACUAAGGAUUACCUAAGCCCGUGUGUUCCCCUCUCAGGAACAGAUGUUAACGAUGUUUUUGUUGCAAAAUUAAGACAGAUCCCCCCUCUGCCGCGCCUGAGCGCGCGUCAUGUCCGCUCCCGCGCGCAGACUUCACUCUCCCCCUCCUCCUCAUCGGCUGCACUGCUUCUUCUUCCUCUGCCCAGCAUCACUCCCAGCAGCGGACUCACACGACUUGAGUGAUAGGAGCGCAACAGAAGGCUGAGGGUACCGGAGCUCCUUGAUGCGUUCACAGGAACUUUCCCUCGCAGCGUUACGCAUGGCUUUGCGCAAAAGCGCGACUUUACGGUGGUUUGGGAGGAAACUGGAGGGAUUUUAACAUCCACAGAGAUAAAAGUGCAGCUCCGACACUACUUACUUGGGUGGUUGUUCAAAGGAAACAUCUACACAAACAACGAUUUCUGGCAUUUUACGCAAAAGGAUGUCUCUUUCCUAGCGCGUAAAAAUCCUGCUUUAGGUGCAGACGCUCCUGAAACUGAGACAGAGAUGGAUCUGUGGGGAGUUUUUCUGCUUCAUCUCAUCACUGUGGGUCCGCUCCAGGUUGCCCUCGCCGGCACAGACUGUUUGGUGGCCGGAGACUCUUGCUCGAGUGAUGAGACCUGCAGUCCACGUCUGCGUACCUUACGUCAGUGCGUGGCUGGAAAUGGGAGCAUGAAGCUUGGCCCCGGUGCCAGAAGCCAGUGUGCCAAUGCCGUGUCGGCACUUCUGUCCAGCCCACUGCGAGGGUGCCAGUGCAAACGAGGGAUGAAGAAGGAGAAAAACUGUCUGAGCAUCUACUGGAGCUUGCAUCAGUCUGUCAUCCAUGGUCUUAACUUGGUGGAGAGUUAUCCCUACGAGACGGUGCAGAGGGAACACGACUAUGUUCGCUUGGCCUCCAUAACAGCAGACUCCAGCGACGGCGUCCCAACCAUGAACCGCUGCCUGGACGCAGCCAAGGCCUGCAAUGUUAACGAGUUGUGCCAAAGGCUGCGCACAGACUACGUCUCCGCCUGCAUCGCCGUGUCUGCAAAGUCGGGCUUGUGCAACCGCUCCAAAUGCAACAAAGCUCUGCGCAAGUUCUUUGACAGAGUUCCUGCCGACUACACCCACAAGCUGCUCUUCUGCCCCUGCACGGACACGGCCUGUGCAGAGCGGCGCAGGCAGACUAUCGUGCCCAGCUGCUCCUACGAAAGUGCGGAGAAGCCCAACUGCCUCGCACAGAUGAAAGGCUGCGAUGGAGACUAUGUCUGCAGGUCUCGUCUGACACAGUUUAAGUACGACUGUGAACCCUCAGAAACAUCGGCCAAUGGCUGCAGGCAUGGCAACUAUGGAUCCUGCCUCCUCGCCUACACGGGGCUUAUAGGAAGUAUGAUAACUCCCAACUAUGUCGACACCUCCACAUCAGAAGUUGCUCCAUGGUGCUCCUGCUCUGCCAGUGGGAGUCAUAAGGCGGACUGUGAUCAUUUCCUGGAAUAUUUUACCAAUAAUAUCUGUCUACAGAAUUCGGUCAUGUCAUUUGGAAAUGAAUCAGACCAGCAGCCUACACUCCCCCAGUACAGCACACCGGGCGACCCAACCCAGGAGAACAUGAGCAGUACUUCUCCAACAGAACCAACACAAACAAUGAGGAACAUCCUGGAUUCAGUUUUACCCACACAGAGCCUAAAACAGGAGCUGCUAGUGGGCCGAACAACUUUACCAUCCAACAACUCAGCUUCCCCCUGCAGCAUGAGGAUGGAAGCUGCCAUCACUUUCUUUCUUCUUCUCCUUCAUUUGCUCAACAAUCAACGAUGAAAUGCAAAUAAUCCUGCCAGAAACUGCUCAAGGAAGAUGGGAGGACCGGGGAAGUUCAGAGGAAAAAAGUCAUUUAAUUGAAGUGCAGCGUUUCUCCAUUUUUUUUUACCUUUGUGGCUAAAUGGUACCUGCCAGUAUUCCCGGUCUGAGUGUGACAGCUGGGUACUUGUACAUUUGUAUAUUUAGAUCAAUUUGAAACUGAGUCAAAGCAAAAAAAACUUUGAAAUGACUCAGUUUUAGCCAUUUGUAUUCAAAGUUACUCUAAAACUACACACACAUAUGCGUGGAGCUGCAACAACAUGAAGUUUCUGUUGAGAUUUUGUUUAAAUGCAGCAACUCUUUGAAAUACCUUUGCAGGAAAUUAUUAGAAGAAACCAGGAUGCAGGAUGCUUUACGGUGCUGGAGAGUUUCUCAAGUGGUUAAAAGAAGAUUGUCAUUACUGACUGGAACAAUGGAACAACAGAGGACAAAUGUCAGAGCUGCAGCCUGGACUCCUCUUUCAGACGAACUGUCUAGGACAGACAUCUAAAAAAACACACACAACAAUGCCAUAAUUAUCAUGACUUUUGGUAGACUGCCACACAUGCUACAUCUAUUAUAUGGAAAGCUGUUAAAGCUGUUUACAAAAGAUGACUCCCGUCUUUAUUAGCAAAGACUUGUCCUGGGACGUUUUAAGGACUGAAGCAACCGAGCAGUGAGUUUACAUAAAUCAGUUUGUAGCUUUUGUGCUCUGUGUUUGUGAAUGUAACAGCCUUUUCAUAUCUGUCCUGGUGUUUGUGAACAAUACUGUGCGCAGACUUUGUUUCACUUGAGUGGCCAGCACCAGUGUAAAACAUGCUAAAGAAUACAAAUGUGUGAGUCAUUUGGUUUUCUGACAAAGACCAGAUAUGCAUUAAAUAAAAUAUUUCAUACCAUCACAAAUAAAAGUAGUUUCAAGUUAUUAAGUAAUUCUAAGCCAAAGUCUAGCACUUUAAUUUUUUUAAUUUAGAAUAAUCAUUUACGCUUUUAUUUUAUGUGGGAUAGCAACAAUUCUAAGGCAGAUUCACAACAAUAGUUUGUUAACCCAGAUAUUUCUUUAUUUUUUUUUUUUGCUUUUAGCUUUGGUGAACUUUAGCUUGGACCAUUAACUGUGUAUAUGAAAACUGGACUGAGUGAGCCCUGUCCUUUUGUUCCAAAUAGGAACUGGUCCGAAAGAGUCAAAUUUCCAUGGAUUACUACUGCAAAGUAAACAGUUAUUACUUGUCAUUAUAUUUGUUAAAAUAACCUUUCUUGCGUUGCUACCCUUUUUAACAUGGUCCCAUUAAUUCUAAUGUAAUAACAGUUUUUUUUUUUUUGUUUUUUUUUUACUGCAAGUUAGGCAUGUUGGGCUUCUUUUAAGUGUGGAUUCAAUAGACCAGAAAGAGAGGAGUGACCCUUUCGAGUAGAAGGAAAAAAGCAGCCCUCAUGUAAAAAUACAAAGAAGUGGAAAUCGCAAAAAACCUUGGGAAUAUCUGGUGGGGAUAUACAUUAAAUAAUAAGUCGAAACUUCUUGAUCCUGAACUAAACCCAAAACAGGAAUUCUGAGUCAAAAGGUCAUUUUACACCUAUCAUAAACCUAUUUUACAACACUGUUUUGUGUGUUGUUUUUUUUUUUAAUUAACUAGCAAUAAUGACAAUUCUGUGGGGGUCAAAUAUUUUUCAAAAUAGCUGUUUUGAUUUUAUUUGAGCCCAAAUUAGGGCAUUUUUGUGGCAUGGCUCUUGAGACUGGCAGGUGGAUGGAUCCAACACAGUUUCAAAAUGAAUUUUGUUCCAUCCAACUGCUGUAUUUGGAGCAUUCUUUAGUUGUGCAGAGCAAACUUCAAUCUAUAGCUAUGUCAGAAUUACUACUCAAAUCCCCAACUACUAAAUAAAAUACACAGUGCGGGACUGUCAAGUGCCCUGGAUUUUAAAAGCAAUUCAGACACCAUGCUCACUACUUUUCUUUCGCCAAAUAUGAAUCUAAUCAAUAUGUGUUCUGAUGAAAAUAUGGAUGGUUCAUUGCAAAAAUUAAGUGAACACGGUUUAAACAGCACAACAAAAUGGUGAACGCACUAUUUUGUGCACUAUAUUGAGUAGGGAAGGAAUUAUGGACAUACCCAAUGUAUCUGUUGCAUUUAAAGAAGAAUGUUGGAAAGUGAGACAAAUAAAAUCUGUGACCAAAAGAAACACUCCUCUCUCUCCAAAUCACCUCAUUGAUAAGAUCUGCAUUCACCUGUGCCACGCCCAUGCUAGAACUAAAGCAACUUAAAGAUGUGAGACAUAUUAAAAAUAUACAUGUACGCUAAGUAGUAUUCAUUGAAUUAUCUCAAGGUGUUGAAAGGCAAAUUUUUAUGUUGCCAUUGACAUGUUUCUAUUUUUUAAAUGUUAUCGACCUAGAUCAUAAAUGAAAAGUAUUGAUAAGUAUCGAGCUAAAUGAAGGGGAAGAAUUGGGCCUUAGUGAGCUUUUGACAGUGCAUGUCAGAUUUAUUAACAUUCCUCUAACCAUUUGACUUGUCUAUCCUGCUAUUAAAGCAACCUGAGAUUUCAGAUAAACAGUAUAACUGUGUAGUAUUUUUGCACAUUAAGAUGUGUUAUGGACCCACUCCUUUAAAAACUGUGUUUUUGGUGUUUUUAACUUUUUUUUAUUUUUUUUUUUUGAGGACGGAGUACAAACAGUGGCGCUCAAAAGUUUUGGGAUAUUUCCAUGAAAAGUCACAAGAGUCGAAACGAGUCAGGGACACCCAAAAAGUCACGCAGACUUGGGAAGGAGAAUGUGUUGUGGCAUCAGGCACUAUUCCAGCAUCUUUUCAGUCGUCUUGCAUCUCAGCAGAAAUGUUCUUCUGUGUGAUCCAAACACCUCAAACCUCAGUUUGUCCCUUUUUUUCCAAUCUUUAUCUGUCCAAUGUCUGUGUUCUUUUGCCCAUAUUUGUAAUUUUCUUUUGUUUGCCAGUCUCAGAUUGGGCUUUUUCUUUGCCACCCUGAUGGCCAGCAUCCCGAAGUCUUCAUAGAUGUUGACAUGGCGUUUGCGGGUACUAUUUAUUAAAGCUGCCAGUUGAGGACCUGUGAGACGUCUGAUUCUCAAACAGAAUACUCUAAUACAUUUAUUCUUCUUCUUUUUCUACUCGGGUUAGAGCCUGUUUGUGAUGUUCUCUGAAGAGUAUUACACAUAGUUGAAGGCAGUCUUCAGUUUCUUGGCAAUUUAUUGCACGGAAUAGCCUUGAUUUCUAAGAACAACAAUAGACUGUCGAGUUUGACAUGAAAGUUCUCGUUUUUUGGCCAUUUUGAGCGCUUUUAUCAACCCCACAGAGAUGAUUCUCUAGAUACUCAAACUAGUCAAAGGAAGGUCAGUUUUAUAGCUUUUCUAAGCAGUCAAACUGUUUUCAGCUGUGCUAACAUGGUUGCACAAGGGUUUUCUAAUCAUCAGUUAGCCAUCUGACACAAUAAGCAAACACAUUGUACCAUUAGAAUGCUGGAGUGAUAGUUCCUGGAAAUGUGCCUCUAGUCCCCUUUGUUGAUAAAGAACAAAAAAACAGAUAUUUGCAGCUAGAAAAGUCCUUUAUUAAAUUAUUUAGCACAUCGAGCACACUUUUGAGCAGUUUAAAGUCAAAAAUAGUAAUUUUCUUUCAAAAACAGGAACACUUCUAAAUGACCCCAAUCUUUUGAACAGUACAGUACA